AUGAUGAUGAGGCAAGCUCCUGCGUUCGCUCUUGCCGCUCUCCUCCUCCUCCUCCUCCUCUCGGCGGCGGCGCACGCCACCGUGGAGUCAACUUGCAAGUCCAUCUCGAACGUCAAGUACGAUUUCUGCGUGAAGACGUUGAAAUCAGAUCCUAGCAGCGGAACCGCCGACGUGCGUGGCCUCGCUGUCAUCGCCACCAAUCUGUCGUUGAAGAAUGCGACAAAGAUCGCCGGCAAGAUUAAGCAUCUGUUGAAGAGCUCGCAGGACAAGGCGCAGAAGGAGAGCUUGUCGACGUGCGCCGAAUUGUACAGCAAUCUGAUCGACAACCUCGACACGUCGCUGAGCGCCAUCAAAGAGAGCCGGAAGGGUGACGCUAUGACAUACCUGAGCGCCAGCCUCGACGCUCCCGGCGACUGCGAGCAGGGGUUCAAAGACACCGGCGCCAAGUCCCCGUUGGUGGCGGAGGACGAUGAGCAGAGGCAGCUCUGUGGCCUCGCCUUAGGCAUCACCAAUUUGACCUAA